AUGGAUGACGACAGUGCCCAAAUGAACGACCCGCUCCAGCCUACUAUCCCCGAACAACUUCCCGAGCCCUCAGCCGACGACUACGUGAUAAUAGACAACAUCGAUCCGGAUAUCUUACUCGCGCCUCAAGAGCCAUCAGUACCAGACGCAGCGGUGACGAAAGCCGUGAAGACGCUGCGUGCCGAACUGGGGCAAGUUACGAAACUAGCUUCGGAGGUGCGUCUUCCCCCACCUGGCUUGUCUGCCCCGCUCAUCGUCGGAACAGCUCUGGAAUAG